UUGGUGUUGGUGUUGGAGGUGCUGCUGGUUUCUGACACCCCCUCAAAUUGAUCUCUACCUGAUAGAACAGAGGAGGCCCGAGUGGGAGAAAACUGGCGAUGGCGGCUAAAUGUCGAAAAAAGAGUUGCGGCAGGGAGGUGAAAGGCCCAACUCCCUGCUCUGUGGGUUUGCUAGCGAAAUCUUCAGGUAACUUCGCAAAUUUAGAUAUGAUGAAGGAGCUCAAACUGGAUUUAAUUGCUGAAGAUUAUGCAAACUUUGUAAAGGCCCAAAAAAGGAUUGAAAGCCAGAAUUGUACUGCACUAGAAAAUGAACAAACGAAAUUAAAGAACAACAUUAGGUAUAUGGUCCAGAAGGCAAUGGAAUUUUACAAACAAGACAUAGAACAAAGGAGAGAAAGGCUGCGAGAUCUUCUGGAAGCUGAAGAAAAGGAACACUUGAAUCAACUAUCCCUUAUGGGGGAAACGCCUUUAGAGCAACAAGCAAAAAUCAGACAACAUGUAAAAGACUUGAAGAUAAAAAGGGAGCGGGAACGACAAAAACUGAUUGCAGAAAAACUUGAUCAGCAGUUCAGGGAGCAGUGUGAGGAGCUGCAGACAAAGCUAUCUCAUCAGCGAGAGCUAGAGCUGGUCAAGGAUAGGAAGGUGCAAAUUGAGUUCAACAAGAAACUGCAGAAUCAGCAGAAGGAAGAGGAGCAGAUGUACGAAGAGCUGUGGGAGAAGGACCGGCUUGCCAAAGAGGAGAGGAUGGAAAAAGAAAUGAGAGAGCAAAAUGAGAAACUGCAAGAAGUCCUGGCUGGUCUACAGGAACAAAUGGCAGAAGCUAAUGCUAAACGCAUGGAUCAGAAACGGCUGAAAGAAGAAGAGGCAAAAGCUAUGAAAGAAAAGCAACGUCUUUCGAGGUUGGAAGAUGAAAGGCUGGCGAGGGAGAAAGCUCAGAAACAGAAGGAAUUCCGUGUCGGUUUGAACAGAUCAAUGGCGCUGAAGACAAAACGAUUAGCAAAAGAGAAGGAAGAGGAGCGGGCACUUGAUACAAAGAUAAAGGAACAAACACUGAAGGAAAGUUCUGAUGUUGCCAAGGAGCAAUUGCAGAAAAAGCUGGACCUCCAGAGAGAACUGCAGACUUAUCGAAAAUAUUUGGCUCAGAAAGCAGAUGACGAUAAGCGUAACGAAGAGGAAGCAAACCGACUGAUUGAAGCGGAUAUGGAGAAAACUUGGGCCAAACGCAGUGAACAGAUGCGUCUAAAGAAAGAGGCUCAAGAUCGCCACAAGAAGGAAGUGAUGGAAACACGCAAGCUUCAAGUUCAGGAACUUUUAGAGAAAAAUAUGAAGAACCCACAGCAGGUGGCAGAGGAACGAGCGAAAAUUAUUCAAUCCAUUGAAGAGCAGAAAAAGGUGGACGAGGAGAGAUUGGCCAGAGGGAAGCGACAAAACAAGGCACAUCAGCAGGACCUCUUGGCUCAGAUGAGACACCAAAAGCAACAGGCUGAGAUAAAGAAGGCAGAAGAACAGCGAGAGGUGGAGGCAGGAAAGCUGGAAGAGGCAGCUUACCAGAAAAAAAUUCAGGACGCCCUUUCUCAACCUCAUACAGGCAGUGACAAAAUUCAUCCUUGGAGGAAGGAAAACUGCAUCAACCCGAAGCUCAAUGAAGUGUGUUAGAAUUAUUAUUGUUACUCAAUGAACACAUGCUGUAGUUUGUUUGAUUUGCAAUGACAAUUCAAGUAGUAUUUAAGCUCAGUAGAAAUAGUAUUUUAUGAAGAAGCCUUGUGUUUACUCUGUUAUUAUUAUAAUUUUAGGCAAUUAAAAUGUUGAGCCAGAAA